AAUCGCGCCGAAGAAAAGCUAUGGACCUCGUUUACAUACCAGAGGUGUUCACCUACGGGUAUUUGAGGAAUGCGCAAUACCGCGACUACGAGCAACCGUGGAACAAGGACUAUUUCAAGUGCGGCAGCAAUAGCAGCCGAAAAACAGUGGAAAACCAGCGAAACGUGCAGCAACAAUCCAAAGAAAACUGUCACUUAUGCAAAGAAAUGAAAAGGAGAAACUUGGCGGUUUACAUAAGAAGUAAAUCACGAAGCGAUUCCUGUCACGAAGGGAUCCACGAGGAAGAAGAGGAGAACGACGUAAUGUCGUGCGAGAGAAAAGUCGUAGAUGUUGACAAAAAUAAGUCUGCGAAAUCAUCACGCGAUGCAGAGAAAUCAUAGCUUUUUAGUAUUAUGUAUAACGCGAGCGUUACAAUAAUACUAAUUUUAUAUCAUAGGUGCAAGUGUAAAUACGCGUAUAUAAUAACACUAUUUUUAGACAAGCGAUAUUAAUUUUACGUUUAUCACUAUUGAAUUCACCUAUUUCUGAAACUAUGUAGUAGAACAUUAUAAAACCGAAUCCAUUCUGUUGAUUCCA